ACAAUCCCAGACCCAAAGUAUCGAUUUUAUAUAAUCUCGAAACUACCAGUAGCAGUUACAGACGAACAACCCCAAUUCACGAGGAAAGCUCAAACCCUAUCUGCCAUGGCGAUCGAGGCGUGGUUCAUGCACGAAAGCGACGAAGACCAGAGGCUCCCGCACCACAAAAGUCCGCCGGAAUUCGUCUCGCUCGAAAAAUUGGCGGAGCUCGGAGUGCUGUACUGGCGUUUGGAUCCUGAAAAGCACGAGGAUGAUCCAGAAUUGAACCGGAUUAGAGAAGACAGAGGUUACAGUUACAUGGAUAUGCUGGAUUUGUGCCCUGAGAAGGUGGAGAAUUACGAGCAGAAGCUUAAGAACUUCUACACAGAGCACAUACAUGGCGACGAGGAGAUACGCUACUGCCUGGAAGGUAGUGGCUACUUUGAUGUUAGGGACAAGGAGGACCGUUGGAUCCGCAUCGCUAUCAACGGCGGCGAUCUAAUCGUGUUGCCUGCCGGAAUAUACCAUCGGUUCACACUUGACACCAAUAACUACAUCAAGUUGAUGAGGCUGUUCGUGGGAGAGCCGGUGUGGACGGCGUUCAACCGGCCGCAGGAGGAGCAUCCGGCGAGGAAGGAGUAUGUGAAGAGGAGCUUCAGUGGGGCCCACAGGUUUGGAUUUGCAGUAGCAGCUCAUUGAAUUCCAACUCUCACUUUCUGUAAUAACAUUAUGCAGCAUACUUAGAAAAUAUCAUAAAGAUUAAUACGUUCUGUAGUUCUAUAUUACAUUAUCUUACAUAUAUGCUGUAAAUCUAUAUGUAAUAUUUUUGCGUGUUAUUAGCACGAUACUGAUUAUACA